AUGAAAGGUUACUUGAGGAAAUUUCAAUUCGUGGGAUUGAUGUUGGGAGUGAUGUUAGGCAUCAGGGUAAAUGGAACAUCACAAGUUCCGUGUCUGUUCGCAUUUGGAGACUCUUUGUCCGACAAUGGAAACAACAAUCGUCUUCCUACUCUCGCAAGGGCUAAUUAUUUACCCUACGGGAUUGAUUUCCCGGGAGGCCCGACCGGCCGGUUCUCCAACGGUAAAAACUUCGUCGAUUUUAUGGCUGAACUCCUGGGAUUCGGUCACUACAUUCCUCCUUACAGCGAAGCAAAGGGCGAAGAAAUGCUAAGCGGAUUGAACUACGCUUCCGGGUCAGCGGGAAUCAGAGAAGAAUCCGGACAACAACUGGGAGAGAGGAUAACCUUUGGAAGGCAAGUGCAGAAUCACAAGAAGGUAGUGUCACUAGUGGUGGAUCUGAUCGGGGGCGAGGAGGCCGCGGCUAAUCAUCUCAAGAAAUGCAUCUAUUCGAUCACGAUAGGAAGCAACGACUAUAUCAACAACUAUUUCAUGCCUGACGCAUACCCGACGAGCAGACUCUACACUCCCGAGCAGUACGCCGAUGGCCUUAUCGAUCUGUACGGUCAACAACUCAACUUGCUGUACAACUAUGGCGCAAGAAAAUUUUUGUUGAGCGGACUGGGAACCACCGGCUGCGCCCCUAAUGCAUUGGCUCGGGCCAGCCCCGACGGUAAAACAUGCGUUAGAUCGUUCAACUCGGUGAUCGGCGUUUUCAACGACAAGCUCAAAUCUCUCAUCGAUCGGCUUAAUAACCAUUUCUCCCACGCCAAAUUCGUCUACGGUAAUACUUAUGACAUUUUUCAAGACCUGCUCAACAACUCCUCCGCAUACGGGUUCAAAGUAACAAAGGAAGCAUGUUGCGGUGGGGGGAGGAACCAUGGUGCGAUGAUGUGUAUGCCGGGAGAGAGAUCGUGUCCGAACCGGAACGAGUUCGUGUUCUGGGACUCGUAUCACCCGACCGAGGCCACGAUCAGGAUCGUGGCUCAGCGUUUGUACCGUUCACGCUCUCCGUCCGACAUUUAUCCCAUCGACAUCUCAACGUUGGCACAGCUAUGAGCACUUAUAUAUAAUAAUAUGGGCUCAUGAGUGGUUUUCUAUUGGUUAUUUUAAUAAACAGCCUAAUAAAUUUGAAUUGUGAAAUUGUAUCUAAAAUAUAGCGACAAUAACAGCUUUUGAUACCUGAGGUUUUUUUUUUU